AUGGAGGCAGGAUCUAUAAAUGAAUUGCUGGAUGAUUUAAUUGAGAAACAUGGAGGGUUUGGACGGUUUCAGCUGUUUAUCAUGGUUGUAGUUCUGGGAGGGAUGUCAUCAGUAGCUUUCAGUAUGAUGAUGAUGACAUUCGCUGGAUUCACACCGGAUUGGAGUUGUGUCAUAGAAAACGAUUUUGUUCAGAAUGUUGUCCCGACGAGUACAGUGAAACAAUGCUACCCUGCCAUCGACAAUAUUACUACUACAACAUGUGAGAUGUUCAAUUUUAGCUCAAGUAUGAAGACAGUUGUACGUCAGUGGGACUUGGUCUGUGACAGAGCAUGGAUACCGUCUACGAUAACUACUAUACAAAUGUCGGGUGUACUACUUGGAGGACUAUUCACUGGACAUUUGGCGGAUAAAAUUGGACGUAAACCGACUUUCUUCCUUUCCUUGCUGAUAUUAUUGGUGUUUAAUUUAUUGUGUGGAUUUUCGGUAACCUGGGUGAUGUUCGCCGUUUGUAGGUGUUUUCUUGGUAUAGGAAUGGGUGGUUAUUUAACAAUAUUCUACCCAUACAUACUUGAAUUCUUCCCAAAGGGGCGUCGGGCGGUUUUGACUGCCACUCCAAUGUGGGGAAUAUGGUCCACCGUGUUCGCAUUCAUUGCUAUGGGUCUACCCGACUGGAAAUAUCUACACUUUGUGACCGCCGUUUGCGUGGUUCCAUCACUUCUUUGCUGGUGGUCAAUGCCGGAGAGUUUUCGCUGGCUUGUUAUAAACCACAAAAAGGAAGCAGCAUUAAAUGUUAUACAACAAAUGGCGAAUUUCAAUAGGAAACCUAUACAAAAUACUAAAGAGCUGGAAGUCAUGAUGGAGGCGAGCGUUCAGGAGCUGGCCACUCAAAAGACGUACACCAUACGUGAUUUGUUUAUGUCAGCUAAACUUACAAAAAUGACAUGUCUACAAAUAUGGUCAUGGUUGGCGUGUGGUUACGGUUAUUAUGGUGUAUCGUUUGAGGUCAAGGGUUUGACCGGAAACGUUUACCUUAAUAUGGCUCUUCUGAGCAUAGUGGAGAUACCUGCCGUUAUGACGUUAUACUUUUUCACCAACAGACUUGGAAGGAAGUGGACAUCGUUGCUGUUUUGUGGCAUAGGGACAUUUAGUGCAGUCAUUAUGGCUGCCAUUGAGUUAACUGAUUUACAAAGCAAAGUAUAUAGGACAGUUUUUCCUCUUAUUUCUAAAAUUGGAGUCUCACUUACAUGGCUUGCCGUCAAACUGUUAUCGAUAGAGCUGUUUCCAACAGCGAUAAGAUCGGUUAGCAGUGGACUAUUCAAUGGUAUGGCAAGGGUGGGCUCUAUGGUUGCUCCUCAGUUUGUGUACCUGAAUGACGACACACCUGGUAUUCUGUAUCUGAUAUGCAGUGGGGUACUUUCCUUAACUUUCGUCUGUGUUUGUUUUAUGCCGGAAACGAAAAAUAGGUUACUACCAGAUGAAAUGUCCGACUUCGGUACUAAACGUCUGAAAACAAAAUCUCAUCGGCUUGAAAUUCAACAUAUGACUACUAUUGUAAAACACGAUGACGACAACAUCAUCCUCAUCACACAUAUGUAA